UUUCAAGGUUUCUUCCUGCGACAACAUUAUCACUAUUUUUUUUAACAAUUUUUUCUGGUUUCGGCUUUUCGACAAGGUAUAUAAGCGGGGUUUGCCGCAUAGUCUUCAUAUCGUUUCAACACAGAACGAAAUUACCACAACAAUGAAGGCUGUAUUCGUAGCUCUUUUCGCCUUGGUGGCCGUGGCUUCUGCCGGUUUCGUAGUCCCUAGCUUGGGUUACUCUUCUCUUGUCAGUCCCUUAGCUUACCGUUAUGCUGCUGCCCCAAUUGCUGUCGCUGCUCCAGUCGCUGUUGCUCCUGCUAUCCAAACUGGAUACGUAGCUGCCACCCGCGGAUCUGUACACACUGCUCCCUUGCCACAAGGACCUUUCGCCUUCAGCCACCACAUCAACACUGCCCCAGCCCCAGGAACUCUCUAAAUUUUUACAGUUAAUUUAAUAUAUGUCUGUUGUUCAACUACAGUUUAAUAAAAAAUAAAAAUUAAA